AUGGUCGGCGUCCCGCGCAGCAGCGGCUGCCAGCUGUGCAGGAAGCGGCGUGUCAGGUGUGACGAGGCACGCCCGGGGUGCUGCAACUGUCGCAAGUACGGGGCCGAGUGCCCGGGUUACGAGCGUGGCAUCAAGUUCGUCUCGGGGAAGCACCAGAUCAGACAGCGGGGAAAGCGCAGCGACAACGAGGGCUCCUCGGCCGGCGGCAGCGGCUCUAGCACUGGAUCCGUCACGCCGCUCAGCGAGCCGUCGCCUCCGGGCGCGCACGCGCUGGUCAAGUCCCUGCGACCCAACAGGGCAGAGUUCAUCGGCACCAUCAUCGCGACGGUGCGCACAAACAUCACCCGGUCUGACGUGUCGGGGUUCCUGUCGUGGGUCGAUCUCGGCCGGCUUGGCUCGCGCGCUGUCCUCGACGGAGCCAUGUCCUCGCUGGCCAUGCAUCUCGUGGGCAAGGAGCGCGCCGACGAAGACAUGAUUGCCUACAGUAGGGGCGUCUACGGCAAGUCGCUGAUAGCGCUGCAGACGAGUCUGCGACACGAGACCGAGUGGCGGUCGUCUGAGACGCUAUGCGCGGCCAUGCUGUUGUGUGUCUUUGAGCUGUUUGCUGGCACGGCAUCGUCAGACUCGUGGCUGGCUCACGCAAAGGGCAUAGGGACGCUGAUGAAGCAGCGUGGCCCGGAAGCGCACGCCACCGGCUGGGACGCUUCCAUGAUACUCACCUUUCGCGGCGUCUUGAUUAUGUGCGACAUGUUCUUUCCCCAGAGUGAUGUCUGCUUUCUAUCUCUGCCUGAGUGGAAGCCGAUGAUCAAGGACGGCGGACGGCACUUGAUUCACCCGGCCGAGCAGCCAGACCGCGUCAUCCACAUCGUCGACGGCUUCUUCGAGUGCCUGGCAGAGCUCCCAGCCAUCCUCGCACCCGCCUAUGUUCUCCGCGAAUCGCGGACCAUGGGCACCGUACACGAGCCGGGGCCCGAAAAGGUCGCCGCCCUUGCUCAGCGGGCUUUGCGUUGCCGCGAGCUCUUCACCCAGUGGUACGGGGACUUCAAGACCCUCAAUGUCAUGCCCGAGGAGGUGCCGACGCAGGACCCUACAUCGCCGUUCGCGCUGGUAUUUCAGUAUCGCGACUCAUGGGUCGGGUCCAUGCACAUGGGCUACUGGGCGAGCAUGCUCAUCGUGCAGGAGGCGCUCGUGCAAUUUCGGUACUUGGAGCUUGACUCGGAGGCGCGGGCGCAGCGCCAUGAGCUGACAGGCAACAUCCUUCGCUCGCUCGAGACGGUUGGGUCGGGCACCAUGGGGCCUUACCGCGUGGGGUUCGCGGUGCGCAUCGCAUACGAGGUUGCGAGCCCGCAACAUCAACGAUGGGUGCUGGGCCUGCUGGACAGGUUCAAGAAGACGUAUGCGGCCACGGACCGGGCGACCUAUCCUGAGCCGAAGCCGGAGAAUGAGGAGUGGGAGUCGGUUUGUUGA